UAAAAUAGUUCUUUAUACAUUCAUUCAUAUGAUUCAAAUACUUCUCAGUGCUAUAAUGAAUAUGCACUAGUUUUUGUUCGUAUAGCUCAUUUCGAAAUCACAUGUUCCUUCCUGACCACGUGAUUUUCUGUACCCUGUAGAAGCUUUUUUUUUGUAUUUGUGUUGCUGUACAUCAAUGAAUUUUUCACCGUUAGAUUGGAUGUGUGAUGUAGGUACCUCAAUACAGAUGUGUGGGUUUUUGGGGUGUUUUUUUUACAUUAACCCCAUGUGUGCUUUUCAUUCAUAAAUCAAAAAACAUUUAGGAAGAAAUCAUAAUUCACAAACAAAAGAAAAUUUCAAACUCCUCACAUCCUACUAACCUUUACAGCCUCCAGAUAUCCCUGAGAUAAGAUUGCAAUCUAUAGAAUAAGAAUUAAGCACAAAGGAAUAAUCAUGUCUUGGUAAGCUUUAAUGGUAAUCAACGACUUUCAUCAAUUUUUGAACCACUUGAUGUUGCAAAAGCAAGGCAUAGUUGGCUCUUCGUGUCUUGUUAGUUAAUCUAAUUUUCAUGGUUUAAUAUUUAAUCUAUCACGUGUACUAAAUUCCAUAGAAAUUUUUCGGAGAUCUAUGCAUGACCAUUUUAUCAACAAGUCCAACAUAUCGUGUUGUAUUAUAUUGAAGUACAUUCAAUAUUUCGUUAAGUUUUUCAACAGCAAACUUUUAACAAAAUCGAUUUUAAGGAAAACCCGCCUACCACGGUAGCGCAUGUGCUUUGAGUACGCCUGAGGGGGAGUUUUCUUGACCCGUAUUACGGAUUGGCACAGGGCCUGUUGUGGAGAGAGGAUAUGCUCUUUUUUUUAUUUUACUGGUGAUGCUCCAUUUCCAACGGCAAGGCCAAACUCGAAACGCAGUAAAAUAUUGGACGAGAAAGAUGCCAGACUGCUAUGGAACGAUAUCCAUCUAACUUAAGAUGGUGUGCGUUUGUUGCGACACUGUUAAUUCUUUUGACAUUUUGUUUCUACCAGACAAUUGUCAAUGAUUACACAACGUUCCCCGUUAACAUACGGGAGAAAAAUGAUUUUUUGAUCGAUGACGGACCCCCUCCAAAUAAAUACCUGAGCUUGUCUAAUGACGACGUGUCUCAAUGUCGUAACAUAAAAAGGAAGAACGUGACCUGUAGGUCGUUGAUUCGAGGCGAUGAGAAAGCUGUGAGUCUGAGCAAAACUACGAAAUUUUUUGACUUAGUCCAGCCCUGUAUGAUUCUCAGUCUAGCGAAGAACUGUACGGCGCUAUUGGAUGUUCAUGGAUAUGUCAAGCGAUCUCUAUCUCUAGAGGAACAGGAAUUUCCGCUUGCUUUUACCAUCAAAAUGCAUUCAAGCGCAGACCAAGGUGAGCAGUUACUGAGAAACAUUUACAGACCACACAAUGUGUACUGUAUCUAUGUGGACAGAAAAACAAUCAAACAGAUAUUCAAUAUCAUGCAGCAGCUGGGUCGCUGUUUUGACAAUGUAUUCGUUGUGGAGGGUAGAAAGAGAGUGACCUAUGCCAGCAUCGACUUGGUGCAUGCCGAGUUAGAGUGCAUGAAGAUUCUGAUGAGAUCCAACGUCAAAUGGAAAUACUAUAUAAAUCUAACAGGGCAGGAGUUCCCUUUAAAGACGAAUCUAGAAAUCGUGAAGAUUUUAAAAACUUUAAACGCAGCUAAUGAUGUGGAAAGUUAUGAGUUUCCUGCUGUUUUACAAUACAGGUACAAGUAUAAAUAUACGAGAUAUAAAAACAAAAUGGUGAAAACUAAUAUUACCCACCCCCCUUUUCGUUAUCCAAUAAAUAUCAGGAAAGGCAGUGCGUAUGCUAUGUUAACGUACGAUUUUGUGAAUUUUAUUCUAAAUGAUCACAUAUCUAAAACAUUUAUUGAGUGGCUGGCAGAUACAUAUUCCCCUGAGGAAACGCUGUUUGCCACACUAAACAGUUUACCAUGGGCUCCAGGCGGGUACGACAUUAUGACGUCAGAAGACAACAACACGUUCUUGUCACGUGCUAUCAAGUGGCAGACGAAGCGCGUGGACUGCGGGGGGCGUUGGGUGAGGGGUAUUUGUGUUUACGGUCCGUCCGACCUCCCCUGGCUUGUCCGACAGCCCCAAAUCAUCGCCAACAAGUUUGAUAUUCAGAUAGACACCACUUCCGUAGAUUGCUUAGAGGAAAUCAUCAGAUACCGAACGAAUUAUCCCGACACUGUGGAGAUGAACUGGAUCUAUUACAGGAAACUCCCCCACGCAAUGCUCUACAGGAACCUUACUCAAAGGAUUGGAACUCUGCAGUAUUCUGAAUACUUGGCUCGUAAAAAACUGGAAUGGAAGCAAAGAUAUGAAUAUGUUGUUAUGUAACUGCAGAUUGGCAUUGCCACGUAACCGCUAAUCGAAUGAUUGACGCUAAUUUCAACUGUAUUUGUCUUGUUGUUUUUCUCUGGGAAUACCAUGGGGAAUAUUAUAUACAUUUAUCUUUAUUCACUUUCAAAAUAACAAUUCCAAAUAUUUCUCACAAACAAUUAACUAUAUGAUAACAUUGCCAAAUUAUUUGAGAAUACGACUAAAUGAUUAGAAUAUGUACAAGAGAGAGAAAGAAAGAAGUUUACAAACAAUUUAUGAAACAUUACUGGCAAAUGGAAAUCUUGAAUCAUACUUUUGUUUUAAUUUCUUGCUAAUAUAUGCUUUUUAAAUAAUGUCUGUGUUAUGUUAGGACAAGUAAAUCAAUAUAUUUUGUAAAUUUUUCUACAUGGUU